GCUAACAUAAACUUACUUUCAUAACUUUUGUGCCUUAAAUGCCAUCUACUUUUAUAGAUAAGCCAUAUUCACAAGAGGGUCUUUUACAGACAUGCAAGGUCUUCCUUUAUGUUGUUUUGGAUACGAAAUUAUUUAUCUCUAAAAUAAAAGAUAAUCCCUAUCCAUACACUCAUAUCACUUUGCCUUCCCUUAUGUCUUUAUCUAACAAAUUUCCAUCCAUAUCAUCUUCAUCUCACACAGUGUAGUAUACAUCUCACACACACACACAGAUCUCAAAACAAAACAAAAAAAUUCUCAAAAUGGCAGAAAUGGCAGUGUCAUUUGCUAUUGACAAACUGCUUCCAUUGUUAAUAGAAGAAGUGAAACUGCUCAAAGGUGUUCACAAUGAAUUUGCAGAAAUUAAGGAUGAACUGGAAAGCAUCCAAGCCUUCCUUAAGGAUGCUGAUAGAAGAGCUGCAGCUGAUGCAGACAACACUGAUGAAGGAGUCAAAAUCUGGGUGAAACAGCUUAGGGAAGCAGCUUUUCGGAUAGAAGACAUCAUUGAUAACUAUAUGAUGCAUGUGGAACAACAGCCUCGUAAUCCCGGAUGUGCAGCUUUACUCAACAAUUUUUCUCACUUGUUCAAAACUUUAAAACAACGCCACCAAAUAGCGUCUGGAAUUCAAGACAUUAAAUCAUUGGUACGUGGGAUCAAGGAAAGAAGUGAAAGAUACGGUUUCCAACGUUCUUUGGAUCAAGGAUCGAGCAAUUCUAGAGGAAGCAAAAAUGCCAAAUGGCACGACCCUCGAGUGGCUGCUCUUUACAUUGAUGAAGCCGAUGUUGUGGGCUUUGAAGCGCCUAGAAAAAGAUUGAUUGAUUGGAUGGUAAAGGGAAGAGAAGAGCGCACUGUCAUUUCUGUGGUAGGAAUGGGCGGGCAAGGUAAAACAACUCUAGCAAAGACAGUUCUUGACAACAAGGAUGUCAUUGGUCACUUUGAUUUUGUUGUAUGGAUCACGGUGUCUCAAUCAUACAAUGUUGAAGGGUUGUUGAAGGACAUGUUGCUAAAGUUUUACAAACAAAAAGGCAGCAAUCCUCCUGAUAGUAUUUAUAAAAUGGAUCGAGAGUCAUUGACAAAUGAAGUGAGAAACUACUUGCAGCAAAAGAGGUACGUUGUCGUGUUUGAUGAUGUUUGGAAUGUGCAUUUUUGGGAUGAUAUUGAAUUUGUUGUAAUUGAUAAUAAAAAUGGAAGUAAGAUUUUGAUAACAACAAGGAACCUAGAUGUUGUGGUAUCUUGUAAAAAAUCUUCUUUCAUUGAGGUCCUUGAGUUGCAGCCUUUAACUCAAGAACAAUCAUUGGAGUUGUUCAAUAAGAAGGCAUUCAAAUUUGACUCCGGUGGAUGUUGUCUGAAAGAGAUCAGUGGUAUAACUAUUGAGAUUGUUAAUAAAUGCAAGGGUUUACCACUUGCAAUUGUGGCCAUUGGGGGUCUUUUGUCUACAAGAGUGAAAAAGGGGUUUGAGUGACAGAGAUUUAGAGAAAAUUUAAGUUCAGAGCUAAAGAAAGAUACACAUCUAAUUGGCAUAAAAGAAAUCAUAGGUUUAAGUUACAAGGAUUUGCCUUACUAUCUCAAGUCAUGUUUGUUGUAUUUUGGAAUGUAUCCAGAAGAUUACAUAGUUCAAUCAAAGAGACUGAUUCGACAAUGGAUAGCUGAAGGGUUUGUGAAAGAGGAAACCGGGAAGACUUUGGAAGAAGUUGCAGAAGGAUAUUUAACAGAGUUGAUCCAUAGAAGCUUGGUGCAAGUAUCUUCAAUUAGAAAAGAUGGUAAAGCUAAAGGUUGUUGUGUUCAUGAUCAAAUACGUGAGAUGAUCCUUGAAAAGUUUGAGGAUUUAAACUUUUGUACUCAAAUUAGUGAAGAUGGCAAGUCAUCCUUAAAUGGAAUAAUUCGGCGUUUAUCAAUAAUAACCACUUCUAAUAAUUUAACUCAAUGUAUUGAAAGCUCACAUGUUCGAUCACUGCUUGUUAUCACAGAUAAAGAAUCAAAAAUAUUUUUUGAGGUUAAAAUCCCUAAAAAUUUCAAGCUGUUGAGGGUUCUUGAUUGUAACUCUGAUUCAUUGACGAGUGUUCCUGAGAAUUUAGGAAAUUUUAUCCACUUGAAGUAUUUAAGCUUGGGAAAGUCUUUAGUGAUAGUAUUUGGAAUCCCAAAAUCUAUUGCAAUGCUCCGUAACCUAGAGACCUUCAAUAUAGAGAGUACAAGAGCUAUGUUGCCCAAAGAAAUUAAUAAACUUGGUAAGCUAAGACAUCUUACUGGCAUGCACCUGUAUUUGAUUGAAUUAGAGGAUGGUAUUGAAGAGAUGACAUCCCUACAAACGCUACGAAAUGUUGAUUUACAUAUGGAGGGAGCAGAAAAGAUGAUUACAGGGUUAGGAAAGCUGAAGCAGAUAAGGGAUUUGGGGUUGGUUAAUGUUCGUAGAAAAGAUGGAAUCAUUCUAUCUUCGUCAAUCAAUGAAAUGCAACACUUGGAAAGACUAGCUGUUGUAUCAAGACAUGAAAAGCGCUCUUAUGAAGUCAUUGAUUUGAAUUUGAUUUCAUUGCCAACUAAGCUUCGAAAGCUUACGCUAAGUGGGAUUCUACAGAAGUUUCCCGAAUGGAUUCCAAAGCUUCAAAAUCUUGUUCAGUUGACGUUGUGCUACUCCCGUUUAACUGAAGAUCCAUUGAAAUCACUAAAAAGUUUGCAAAACUUGUUGUUCCUCUCGAUAAAGAAAUCUGCUUUUGAAGGUUUGUGUUUGCAUUUUGAAGAUGGAUGGUUUCAGAAACUAAAGGAACUGCAUGUUGAAUAUUCAGAUGAACUGAGAGAUAUUAUUAUCGACAAAGGAGCAUUGUCUUCUUUGAAAAAGCUGUGUCUACAUGGAGUUCAUAGACUGACGAAUAAUAUUCCCACCGGUAUCCAACACUUGGAGAAGCUUGAAGUUCUUGGUAUUUAUUUUGCAUCGUAUGAACUUCAGAACAUUUCUACUGAUGAUUGGAAUUCGAUUCAGCAUGUGCCCCUUGUAGACUUUUUUAACUGGUAUGGAGUGCGUAUUCUAAUCCCAAGGAGUUAGAAAUCAUGAUUUACCAUAAUCAAGGAGAAAAAAGGUGUUGGGUUCAAUUUCAAGUGCAAUGGCAACUCUGAUUCUCCACAGGGACUUCUACUGCAACACUUUGGAACUUUUGUUGUUCUUCAAUAAAAAAGUUAUAUGUUUGAUUUGUUGUUCUUUUGAGUUUGAUGUUUGAGUUAUAUGUAAUUGUAGUAUAUCAUGUAUACAACAUAUUAUGAGGGAUUCCCUUUCAAGAAUUGUGAGACCUUAUUUUUCUGUUGAUUUCCUUUGUUUUGGUGCAAUAAAAAUGAAAGUUUUAUGUAAUUUUCA